GAGGCUUGGUGUACUAAGCCAGGGGAAAGGGGAGAGGCCUGGCCUUUCAUCUCCCUUCUGCUUCAAAUUCUGUGUUUCUGUCCUUAUACUUCUGAGGUAUCAGAAAUGGUCUCCAGCUACUCCAGGCCAUAGCCACCUCUAAGACGCAGAACUAAUAGUAGCUAAAUGCUGUGUUGUACUCACACACCACUUCCUCAUGCGUGGUGCUUCAUCUUCACCCCCACCUCUGAAGGAGCCCAUGAUACUCGAUGCAUGAGGUGACUGAGGGACGGACGAUUUGCCCAAGGUGACUCAACAAGGAAAUGGCAGAGAUGAGGCUCAGACUCUGACUAUCCCAAAGUCCCUGUCACCACAGGUCCACAUCUUUGACUCUAAGGAACUCACAGGUGAAUUAGGCUGAGGAGGCAAGGCAUCCUGGGUUGUUAAAAGUAGAUCUGUAGUCUCUCUCAUAGGUCUUCAGCAGAGACAGAGUAAAGCCACACCCCUCUGAGGGACUGUGGCAGACUGAUACUUGGGAUGACUGAGGACAGGGGUGGGGCUAGCUGGGGGUAGGUGGGCAGGAGCCCCAAGAGCAGUAGAGAGCAUGCGGUGCUCCGAGGCAGCUACAGAGGUGAGUUACUGUCUCUCCCCAUAUGAGGUUUUCCUCCAUUCUAACCUUCUUUCUGUCCACUCCCUGCCAACCUGCAUCCCUCACCCCACGGUGUCCAAGUACUUCCUCUCUCCCCCUUCCCCACCAUGAUGCUUACUCAUGAAGGGUCUGCACAGGGCUAGGCCUGCUAGAUGCUAAGGUUCUCAGGCUAUCUCUUUCUGUCUCGGGCUCCAGUAUUCUGGGUGGCCUCUGUCAUGAUGGUUUUGAUGUGUGAUUAAAGUAUUGAUUUGUUGGUCAGGUUCUGGGUCUUUGUUUUUUUGACUUAUGAAAACCAGAACUCAAACCCUCUUUAUGCUCAUUGUGAGAGGAAAUAGCUGAGAGGAAAUAGCUUCCCCUUCUCCAGUCUCCCUUUCCUUUCUUUCACUUCCUCGGGCCUCAAAGCCUUCUUUCUCUAAAACUCUUCUCUAAAGUCCUCUCCUUAACUCACUGGAUGGCAAACUCUGCUCUUCUCUGACUCCUUCCUUCUCUGAGGAUGUGUUCUAGAAGCUUCGGUCUUGCAGAGACAAUUGCAUGACACCCUAGAGUCUGCUCUCAUGCCAUGUGACCUGUCUUGAUGCCUUCUCUGGUUUUCUGGGCUCAUGUUGGGGGAGGACCCAAAGGCUUUCUGAGCUCUCUCAUGAGGUCACAUCUUACUCCAUUCAUAAAUGCCAGGUUUUAUGCACAGAGAGGAAAAGGCCAGGCUGCUCAGAGGCUCUCCCUGUAAAAGAGCCUGAGGAAGCCAAAACCUUCCUUAAGCCGGGAGGGAGUUUGCUAACUAUACCAGCCCUAAAUCACUACUUGAGUCCUCUGCUAACUGCCUGGCUGCUGCUCUUCAGGCUCCAAAGCUGACCCCUGGCCCAGUGUGCAUUCGCUAGUGUGGCAUCCCCACAGCUGGCCUUUGGCUUAGUUGAUUGGAUUCAUUCAGGACAGACGGCACCAAUCUGAGCUCAGACACUCACUGUCUCUCCCUUCCCCUCCACAGGCCUGAGAGUAUGCGGUUUCUCCCUUCCCUUUCUGCCAUGGAUCUCCCAUUGUGGCUUUCCUCUCAGAGCCUGUGAAACUGGUAGUUUAGCCAGGAACAAUGCCCCAGACCCCCACAAGACUAAUCAGCCCCUAUGGCUCUGAUAGGUUCCCUCCUAACUAGCCUCAUUCCCAGGCCCUGGUGGGCUGAAGCCCCUUGGUUGGGGGAGGGCCAACCUGCCCUAUGGAGCAUCUUGUUGUGGCCGUCCAGAUAUGGCGCUCCUUUCUCCCAUAGUACCCCCAUCACUGCGGCCUGGCAGGUCUGGCCUCAAGAUCAGAGGAUCCCACUGACCUUGAACCACUGCAAAGGUCUCUGGAGUGAGAAUCAGCUGGCUUCCUCUAGCCCCACUCCAGGAUCUUUUCCUCAGGGCACUGAAAAACUCAGCCCUUGGGAGGCAGAAGAGUCUGGGCAAGGGUACACAGGCACUCUGGCAACCUGUGUGAGUCAAGAACGCAGGUUGAACUGCCCAUCUCACCAGCACCCUCCUUUACCCUCUCCUGCUCGCUCUCGGCCCUAUUCUUGCUCUGUCUGUGGAAAGAGGUUUUCACUCAAGCAUCAGAUGGAGACACAUUACCGAGUCCACACAGGAGAGAAGCCCUUCUCCUGUAGCCUCUGUCCUCAGCGCUCCCGGGAUUUCUCUGCCAUGACCAAGCACCUGAGGACACAUGGGGCUGCUCCCUAUCGCUGCCCUCUGUGCAGGGCUGGCUGUCCUAGCCUGGCCUCUAUGCAGGCGCACAUGCGUGGCCACUCGCCCAGCCGGCUGCCGCCGGGAUGGACCAUACGCUCCACCUUCCUCUACUCUUCCUCGAGGCCGACACGGGCCUCCAUCUCUCCUGGUAGUCCUACAUCCUCUGCUGCCACCUGACCGGGUGUUGGUAGCUUCUCUAGCUUGACAAGAGUCCAACCAAAUAAUGAAAGGCAGGAGGGCUCAGCCGGCCCUGUCGCUAGGGCGACCUGGCAAAUUUAACCGCAGAAGAGCUGCGGGACAGGAGCUACGAACCCUCUCCGGAUGAACGAGUUGCAGAAGCCUCGGCCAGCUGGAGAGUCCGAGUUGAGGACAAGUAACCUGGUGAAGAUUAACUGGAGACUGUCAAUGUUAUCGCUAUAAUAAAGUUUUCGUGCUCUCCAGUCA